AUGAGCGAAGUCGUGGAGGUGGACGACUACCAAGCCCUGAAAUGCUCGGCGAAGCCGGCAUUUUUCGAUGAGCUGCCCUACGAGAAAGGUCUUCGCAUGCACUACGCCGUCCCGGCCCGGAAGUGGUGCGUUACGAGACGGGGUUUCCUCGAGUUCUUGACAGCGGUGAAAGACGCCCAUCAAGCCGGGAGGAUCGAGAACAAGAUCAACCCGCGGACGCAGCUGGCCAACCCACACCACGACGACCCGAUGAUCGGACCCAACAUGCACUCAGUCAAUGGGGCAGUGAUUAAGCCCAGGACGCAAGAGGCUGGCGGCAUGUCUUGGGCGCUGAUGCUCAGUCCCGAGGGCUUGGAUGGAGACUUCUUCUUUGUCACGCACUCGUGGAAGGAGGGCGUCUAUGAAUUCAGCCGCAAGGUCGUCAACCACUGGCAGCGCCAGGAUCUCAGCAUGUGGUGCUGCUUCUUGGCCAACCCACAAACGUGGGAUCGCGAGGAGCUCAACAAGCUCUUGGGUGAGAGGUUCGACCUCUCGGACUCACCUUUCAUGCUGGCCCUUUCCGCCUCACAGUUGCACUCCUUCGUGGUGGUUCCCAAUGUGACGGAAAGCCUCUACUGCAGGCUUUGGUGUGUGGCGGAGUUGUGGAAGGCCAUGGAGGUCGAAAAACAGCGGGGGUCGCCACUCAUCUUCGUCGCGAAGGAUACAGUCAAGAAGGCCCCCGACGCCAAGGGUGGCACGAAGGACUCCAUCUCUACCAUGAUUCAACACGCCACCUGCUCGGAUGAGAACGAUGAGCAGCGAAUCCGAGCCUACAUCCAAGGCAAUGAGCAUCACCUUCAGGAAGAGAUCAAAAACUUGGCAGUUAAAGCCAAGAAGCGGGAGAAGAUGGAGAAGGAGGACAAGACAAAGAAGUCCAGAAGCUCACGAAAGGAGAAGCACAGAGCCAACAAAGGACAUGGGAAGUUGGAGUCUGCCUGCACCUUGGACCGUCUCGAGGCGCAGCUGGCGGAGAUCAGCAGCUCGAGCUUCGACGCUUCCCGCGGCGAGGAGUCGGAGCGAGCUGCCUUCUCGGAUUCAGGCGUGAUUCAUGAAGUUCGAAUGAUGACCGUCGUGGAGCACCAUGAGGAGGUCCAUGUGAUGCGAGAAGAGCCUGUCGCGCGACAAGCUCCGCUGGCCAUGGACGGGGCUCCGAUCGCACGCGUCGAUACCUCUGAGGAGGAGCGCAAGGUCUUUGGCCGCCAGUCCUUGGCUCCGCGAAGGCGGCAGGAGAUGAGCCCAGCCGAGGAGGAGAAGCGCAUGUUCCAAGAGCGGCUCCAUGACCUGCGGAUGCAGACGGAGUCUCAGCGCCACGCCGAUGACGAGACGGAACGGCUGCUUUUCGCGAAGAUCCAGCUGCUCUCGCAGCAGCUGAGCGAUCGUCGGCAGAGUAUCGAGGUGCGACAUCACAAGGAGACUGAGAAGGAAGCCAACCUACGACGGCAGAUCCAGGCGCUUGAGUCGGCGACCAUCGAAGAGCUCCACAUGGAGAUCCUGCUUCGCAAGGAGGCGGCCGAAGUCCGAGAGAAGCGGCUUGAAGAGGAGGCGGAGCGCCUGAAGACGCUGCGCGACAAGGGCGAUCCGUCGAACAUGCCUGAGAAAGACGAGGUGGCUGAAUGUCUUGCGAGCCUGGCACAACGGAGGAUCUCCAGGAAGCAGCUGGAAAGCCUGCUCGAGUCAGGAGAGGGCGAGGAAGUCCUUCGCCAGUAUCUGGGGGUCGUGAAGCACGCUGAGUUUGACGAUUUCAUGAAUGAGGUAAAGCUCCAUCGACAGAGCGACGAAGCAACGGAG